AUGUUCACUGGAAUAGUUAUAUUGAAUGCGAUUCUUAUUGGAUUAUUGAUGAAAAGAAAGAAAAAAUCACGAAUGGGAUUCUUUGUCGCUAAUUUAGCUUAUUCAGAUUUAUGUGUCGGACUUUUCCAUGUUUUGCCGGAAAUAAUUCAUGUUUGGUUCCACGUUGAUUGGAAUGAGUUUAACUGCUAUGUAUUGUAUGGAUAUCUAUCAGUGUUUUCAUUUUAUGUGUCAACUUAUGCCAUAGUCGUUCUAUCUAUAGACCGAAUGAACGUGAUGGUGAAACCAUUAUCAACCGUCACUAGAUUAAAGACAUAUCGAUAUGGACUAGCACUGUAA